AUGGCCGACCUGUCGUCAGUAGAUUCCAAGACUGCCAGUCUUGCAGCGCAGUCUGAAGAGCUAGAUUCACUUGAUCAAGAGUACCAGCGUCUUGAAGAUGCUCAACGCAACUUUAACCGCUCCAUCAUUGAGAUGCAGAGGCACCAAAACGAGUGCUUCAAGGAGAUUAAGCACCAAAAGUACCGCAUCAAUCAAAUACGAGAGUCACUAAAGCGACAUAAAAAGGAACAUGGAGAAGGCGCCGACACUAGACCAAUUGAAGAGCGAAUUGCCAAUAGGUGGUCGCAAAUAAAGGAGGUAGAGAGUGGUUUGCCCAAACCCAAUGGCCUCUACCUCAAUGUGGUGCUGGGCUCAAUCAAUGUCAAUCACCUGGAUCGCAAGUCACGCCUCGACUACAAGGAGCAGUACGAGCGCUUCAAGCUCUUUGUCACCAGCAUUCUUCUGGUCAUAAGUUUUGUCAACAUUUUUGCCGAAUUUCGGUACGUACCGCUGCCAUGUUUCAACAGCUUUUAA